AUUCUCUUCUGAUUAAAAAUAGCUCCUGAUCUAAAGUCCAAGUGUUCAAAAGUUAUUAGUAAGGUCCUCCCAAAAUCCCAGUAGCUUUAGAAAUUUCUUUGUCUUCGGUUUUUAAAUCUUUUGGGUAUGCUUGGAUUAGGAGGUUUUUUUCCUAGCUGUCAAGUUCCAGAAAAAUUACUUGAAUUUUCUAUUACUUGAGAUCUGAGGUGGUCCCCUCAUCACAUGCCUCCAAGCUAAAAUUGCAGGACCCAUAAGCAUUGCUUCUUUUCUUGGCCCCCAACCCCCACUUCUCCCUAUGGUGGAGCAGAAAGAUUGUUCUUGAAACACCAAGCUGAAGUGUUCGUUUUCUCCUUCCUUUCUUGGAGCUGAUGACUCUGGAGAGGCUCCAAGUCAAUGCUAAUCCCUAUCAUCUCUGUCUCUUCUCUGUGGUGAACUGGUAGACUCUUAAGCCUGGUUCUCCUUUUUUACUGUACCUAGAGGCACCGAUGGAUUGUGAGAAGGGUAAGACAGUGGCUUCUUGGCUUGCCAGUACUGUAGUUGGAGAAACAAUGCCAUCUUUUACCCCUUUGCUACACCUAAGUGUUUAGGAGGCAAUGGGAUUUAGAGAAGCUUCAGCCCCUCUCAUCAAACUUAGGACUGUCAUAAGAAAGUGAACACUCAGAAUGGAGUCUAAACCUUCAAGGAUUCCUCGAAGGAUAUCAGUUCAACCCUCCAGUUCCUCCUCUUUAAGUGCUAGAACAUUGUCUGGAAGCAGAGGAAGCAGUUUAACUGAUGCAUAUCAUACAAGAGAAUCUUCACUGAGACUGGAUUCUGGAUGUCAGGAAUCCAGUCUGUUGCAUAGUUCCAGUAGAGACUGGGGAAUUGGAGAAAGAGGAGAAGCUCAUGAAACUCCUUGGAAGCUUACUAGUUCCUCUCCAACUCACUACUCGGGGACACUUGAUCGUCCAUGGUCUGGAAGAUUUUUGGGAAGCAGAAGCAGAUUGUCUACAUCCUCCUCCUCUCCUCUUUCAUCUACUUGGUAUGGUGAAUCUGAGAGAACUCAGGGAGCAUACUCAAGACUACAUAACCAGCAGCGGGAUAGUGAUUCAAAGAGACCUAAGCUUUCCUAUACAUCUACCUCUUCUGUGAGAAGUAAUGGCUUAAAUGCAGUUUCAGAUUCCUCAUGGAGGUAUAAUCAAGUUCCUAGAUCUUCGUCAGUGGUACUCAGUUCUCUGGGAACUGAGCUAGUGAGAGAGAGGAGAGAGCUAGAAAGGAGAACAGAUCCAUCUGUUAGUAGUCUUGUGGAUUAUAGUCACAGGAAUGGUGACUUUACAUCUUCAGCAUAUCUUCAGGAUAGACCUGCCUCUUCAUAUGCACAGGGAGCAAGACCAAAAGAUAAUUCAUUGAGCACUUUGAGGCUGAAUACAUCCAUGAACCGCCAGUUGCCUUCUGAACAUGAUUCAUCUUUAUUCUCUGGAGUCUCUAGCAGGAGCUCUUCAAGAUCUAACUAUUCUACAAGGGAAAUGGAAUCUUCUCAAAGGAAUAUACAGCCAGAGUUUACCCACAUUGCCAUUAGAGAUGAAAUUCCCUCCACAAGCAGCACUGAAAGGGUUGCGUCUCAAAGGUCACUCAGUGAGCCUCCAGCAGAUACUGAAGGAAGGCGUACAACUAGACAAUUACUAUCUCGUUUAGCUUCUAGUAUGUCAUCUACAUUUUUCUCACGGAGGUCUAGCCAAGACUCAUUAAAUGCAAGAUCAUCAGAUUCUGAAGAUUCAUGUGUUGUCCCAAGAGUUCAAACUUCUACCCAAUCUAGCACUAAUGCAACUGCACGUCCUGAAGUUCCAGGCCUUCAGACACCUGAAGCUUCUCAGGGAUUUAGCUUUCUGAGACGAAGAUGGGGCUUAUCAGGUGUUUCACAGAAUCAUAGUUCUGAUUCAGAUGCUGAAAGUUAUAGACAAGAGCCUGAAAGUAGAAAUACAGGAUCCUGGUUAUCGUCAUCUCUAAGAAAUAGAUGUACACCUCUGUUCUCCAGAAGAAGGCGAGAAGGAAGAGAUGAAUCUGCAAGAACCUCUACCUCUGAAACACCUGCUAGAUCACUACACCUCUUUAGGAGAAGAGAGUCUAGCGAAGAGACUCCUCUUGAAGCACAGAGCAGCUCCCCUAGGGCUGCUGCCAACAGACCACCAACACCAGCAGUAUCUAGCAGUCCUACAACUACUGCUUCCACACCAGAUUCAGCUCAUAGUAGAAGUAGUUCUGGAAUAUCAGGAAUUCUUCCCGGCUCUUUAUUCCGGUUUGCAGUGCCCCCAGCAUUAGGGAGCAGCAUAUCUGACAAUGUGAUGAUAACAGUAGAUAUUAUUCCCUCAGGUUGGAAUCAACCUGAUGGAGAAGAAAGUGACAAGUCUAAAAUAUUACCUUCAAGAGACCCUGAAAGACUCCAGAAAAUUAAAGAGAGCCUCCUGUCAGAGGACACUGAAGAGGAGGAAGGUGAUUUAUGUAGAAUUUGCCAGAUGUCAUCUGCAUCUUCUACCAACCUCCUAAUAGAGCCAUGCAAAUGUACUGGAAGUCUGCAGUAUGUUCAUCAGGAAUGCAUGAAAAAAUGGCUGCAGUCCAAGAUUAAUUCUGGUUCUUCUUUGGAAGCAGUAACUACUUGUGAGCUGUGUAAAGAGAAGUUGCAUCUUAAUCUUGAGGAUUUUGAUAUUCAUGAACUCUAUAGGGCACAUGCAAAUGAACAAGCAGACUAUGAAUUUAUCAGCUCUGGUCUCUACCUUGUAGUAUUGUUACACUUGUGUGAACAACGCUUUUCUGAUAUGCUGGGAACUGCAAGUGAGGCCAGCACACGUGUCAGGUUUAUUAACCUUGCAAGAACUCUUCAGGCACAUAUGGAAGAUAUUGAAACUUCAGAGGAUGAUUCCGAAGACAGUGAUGCUGGCAGAAGUUUUGACACUGCUUAAUGCUGCAAGA